GAGCACGAGCUGGGAGGCAACGUGAGCUGGGCUGAGCCGGCUGACACGGCUUUGUUGCGCAGCUAUUACGUGUACUUGGCUUCGUCUGCUGCAGCAGAGAAUCGGAUGCUGGCCGUGAAGACGACGCAGACUUCCUCGCUGCUUCCCGCAGAUACGCCGGCUUACAGUCACUUGCUGGUCUACACUGCUUCCAGCUUGACCGAGCAGACCACUCCGGUGGCACUGGUCAUUUCCGAUGCGGCGCAGGUGGUUGGGAACUUGUCCCUCUUCGAUUUGGACCUGGACCUGGGUGACUUGGGUGGCGAGAUCUCCUGGACCUUGCCGCAGGACACCACCAGCCUCACGGAGCUGAAUGUGUACCUGGCAGUGCUGCCAGUGGAAGGUGGCGACUGCAACGUCUCUACUGAAGGUGCCGAUGAGAACACCUCUAGCCUGACCUGUGGUGUGGGCAGCUUCCUCUGCUGCUGGCGCCAGCCCCUUGCCAGCCUUGCGCCGGAGGAGACUAACCUCUCGCUGGCAGUGGACACUGCGAUAGAGGGCUUCACCCAUGUCCUGCUCUAUCUAAGGUCCCCGCUGGCCGAGCAAUCCACCCCGGCCGCCUUCCUCAUUGAAGAUGAGUCCGCUAGCGCGUCCGCCAUCAGCUUUCAGGAGGUGCCCGAAAGUCGCCAGGACGGGGACCUGGACGCCACGGAGCUGGGGGGAGCUGUGAGCUGGCAGCCACCGAGCUCCAGUCGGGUGCAGGACCCGGCGAAUGAAGCCAUCCGCUCGGAAGGAAACGACGCGGUGGAUGGUGUUGAGCUGCAUGGUCAGGACUACAUCCUUUAUCUCUACAACUCUCCGACGACACGCUCCCAGGUGGGUUCAACUUCUGGCACUACUCUGAUCAUGGCCCAGGACACAGCGCGGGGCGUCUUUGAUGGCCUCGCGGUCUACACUCGCUCCACGCUGGCAGAGCAGAGUACCCCCGCUUCCGCGCCCGUCUCCGACACCGCCGCCGCGGUGGCGAACCUCAGCUUUCCGGACCUUGACCUAGACGCCACUCACAUCGGGGGCACCUUCAGCUGGGAGGAGCCGGCUGACGACUCCUACGUCACUCACUACGAGGUCUACAUCGCGAGGUCCUUGGCCGAGGAGAGCUUGGCGGCAGUGGCCUUGCUGUGUGAGCCCUCGGUGGAGGAACUUCAAGCGAUCCUCAGUGGUAGCCUGUCAUUUAUCCUGGACGGUGCCACGGCAGCGCAAGUCGAAGCAGCUGCAAGGAGCAGCCUUCUCACCGCGCUGGAUCUCAGUGAUGAGGAGCUGGUUACAAGCGUGAGCUCUGCAGUGCGGCGCUUACGUGAGCGCCGCCUCGCCACCACCUGGACGGUGGCCUUCCAGGCCGUGGUGCCGGUGGCGCGCGGGGAUUUGGUGAGCGGCUUGGCCAAGAGCUACAGCCAGCGGCCCCAGGACUUCGCAGUGCUGCUGGCGGCGGACCUGGCGCAGCUGGGGGUGAGCACCUCCUCAUUGAGCUUUCAGAGCUUCAGCGAGCCGCUCAUGCAGGAGGGGUGGUGCGAAGUGGACUUUGAGCAUCAGUUUUAG